CCAUGGGUUCCAAAAGAAGAAGAGCUACCUCCCCUUCAAGUAGUGUCAGCGGGGAUUUUGAUGAUGGACACCAUUCUGUGUCCACACCAGGACCAAGCAGGAAAAGAAGACGACUUUCGAAUCUUCCAACUGUAGAUCCUAUUGCUGUGUGCCAUGAACUCUACAACACCAUCCGCGACUAUAAGGAUGAACAAGGCCGGCUCCUCUGUGAGCUCUUUAUUAGGGCCCCAAAGAGAAGAAAUCAACCAGACUACUAUGAAGUGGUUUCUCAACCCAUUGACUUGAUGAAGAUUCAACAGAAACUAAAAAUGGAAGAGUAUGAUGAUGUUAAUCUGCUGACUGCUGACUUCCAGCUGCUUUUUAAUAAUGCAAAGGCCUAUUACAAGCCAGAUUCUCCUGAAUAUAAAGCCGCUUGCAAACUCUGGGAUUUGUAUCUUCGAACAAGAAAUGAGUUUGUUCAGAAAGGAGAAGCAGAUGACGAUGAUGAUGAUGAAGAUGGGCAAGACAACCAAGGGACAGUGACUGAUGGAUCUUCUCCAAGUUACUUGAAGGAGAUCUUGGAGCAGCUUCUUGAAGCCAUAGUUGUAGCCACAAAUCCAUCUGGACAUCUCAUUAGUGAACUUUUCCAGAAACUGCCUUCUAAAGUGCAAUAUCCAGAUUAUUAUGCAAUAAUUAAGGAGCCUAUUGAUCUCAAGACCAUUGCCCAGAGGAUACAGAAUGGAAGCUACAAAAGUAUUCAUGCAAUGGCCAAAGAUAUAGAUCUCCUAGCAAAAAAUGCAAAAACUUACAAUGAACCUGGUUCUCAAGUAUUCAAGGAUGCAAAUUCAAUUAAAAAAAUAUUUUACAUGAAAAAAGCAGAAAUUGAACAUCAUGAAAUGGCUAAGACAAGCCUUAGAAUAAGAACUGCAUCACAUUUGGCAGCAGCUAGGCUCACAAGCUCUUCUCAUGGUAAAGGCAGCCUUAGUGAAGAGAGAAAUCCCACUAGCAAAUAUUACCGUAAUAAAAGAGCUGUCCAGGGGGGCCGUUUAUCAGCAAUUACCAUGGCACUUCAGUAUGGCUCAGAAAGUGAAGAGGAUGCUGCUUUAGCUGCUGCACGAUAUGAAGAAGGAGAAUCAGAAGCAGAGAGUAUUACUUCCUUUAUGGAUGUCUCAAAUCCAUUUUAUCAGCUUUAUGACACAGUUAGAAGCUGUCGGAAUAACCAAGGGCAGCUAAUAGCUGAACCUUUUUUCCAUUUGCCUUCAAAGAAAAAAUACCCUGAUUAUUAUCAACAAAUUAAAAUGCCCAUAUCACUACAACAGAUCAGAACCAAGCUUAAGAACCAGGAAUAUGAAACCUUAGAUCAUUUGGAGUGUGAUCUGAAUUUAAUGUUUGAAAAUGCCAAGCGUUAUAAUGUUCCCAAUUCAGCCAUCUACAAGCGCGUUCUAAAGUUACAGCAAGUCAUGCAGUCUAAGAAAAAGGAGCUUGCCAGGAGGGAUGACAUUGAAGACGGAGACAGCAUGAUUUCUUCAGCCACCUCUGAUACUGGUAGUGCCAAACGGAAAAGUAAAAAGAACAUAAGAAAGCAACGAAUGAAAAUUUUAUUCAAUGUUGUUCUUGAAGCUCGAGAACCAGGUUCAGGUAGAAGACUCUGUGAUUUAUUUAUGGUUAAACCAUCCAAAAAGGAUUAUCCUGAUUAUUAUAAGAUCAUCUUGGAGCCCAUGGACUUGAAAAUAAUUGAACAUAACAUUCGGAAUGACAAAUAUGCGGGGGAAGAGGGAAUGAUAGAAGACAUGAAGUUGAUGUUCCGGAAUGCCAGGCACUACAACGAGGAGGGCUCCCAGGUAUACAAUGAUGCACACAUCCUGGAGAAGUUGCUCAAGGAUAAACGGAAAGAACUGGGCCCCCUUCCUGACGACGAUGACCUGGCCUCACCCAAACUUAAGCUGAGUAGGAAGAGUGGCAUUUCUCCCAAAAAGUCAAAAUACAUGACUCCAAUGCAACAGAAACUAAAUGAAGUCUAUGAGGCUGUGAAGAACUACACUGAUAAGCGGGGUCGCCGCCUCAGUGCCAUUUUUCUGAGGCUUCCUUCUAGGUCUGAACUACCCGACUACUAUCUGACCAUCAAAAAGCCUAUGGACAUGGAAAAAAUUCGAAGCCAUAUGAUGGCCAACAAGUACCAAGAUAUAGACUCCAUGGUUGAAGACUUUGUUAUGAUGUUUAACAACGCCUGCACAUACAAUGAGCCUGAGUCCCUGAUCUAUAAAGAUGCCCUUGUCCUCCACAAAGUCCUUCUUGAAACGCGUAGGGACUUGGAGGGAGAUGAGGACUCUCAUGUUCCAAACGUGACCUUGCUGAUUCAGGAACUUAUUCACAAUCUCUUUGUGUCGGUCAUGAGUCAUCAAGAUGAUGAAGGAAGAUGCUACAGUGAUUCCUUAGCAGAAAUUCCUGCUGUGGACCCCAGCUUUCCAAACAAACUUCCCCUUACUUUUGACAUAAUUAGGAAAAAUGUUGAAAAUAAUCGCUACCGGCGGCUUGAUUUAUUUCAAGAGCAUAUGUUUGAAGUAUUGGAAAGGGCAAGAAGGAUGAAUCGGACAGAUUCUGAAAUAUAUGAAGAUGCAGUAGAACUUCAGCAGUUUUUUAUUAAAAUUCGUGAUGAACUCUGCAAAAAUGGAGAGAUCCUCCUUUCACCAGCACUGAGCUAUACUACAAAGCACUUGCAUAAUGAUGUGGAAAAAGAGAAAAAAGAAAAAUUGCCAAAAGAAAUAGAGGAAGAUAAACUAAAGCGAGAAGAAGAAAAAAGAGAAGCUGAAAAGAGUGAAGACUCCUCCGGUGCUGCAGGCCUCUCAGGCUUACAUCGCACAUACAGCCAGGACUGCAGCUUCAAGAACAGCAUGUACCAUGUUGGAGAUUAUGUCUAUGUGGAACCUGCAGAGGCCAACCUCCAACCACAUAUAGUCUGUAUUGAGAGGCUGUGGGAAGAUUCUGCUGGUGAAAAAUGGUUGUAUGGCUGUUGGUUUUAUCGGCCAAAUGAAACAUUCCACUUGGCUACAAGAAAAUUUCUAGAAAAAGAAGUUUUUAAGAGUGACUAUUACAAUAAAGUUCCUGUUAGUAAAAUUCUAGGCAAAUGUGUGGUCAUGUUUGUCAAGGAAUACUUUAAAUUAUGCCCAGAAAACUUUCGAGAUGAAGAUGUUUUUGUCUGUGAGUCACGAUAUUCUGCCAAAACCAAGUCUUUUAAGAAAAUUAAGCUGUGGACCAUGCCCGUCAGCUCAGUUAGGUUCGUCCCUCGGGAUAUGCCCCUGCCUGUGGUCAGAGUGGCCUCUGUAUUUGCAAAUGCAGACAAAGGAGAUGAUGAGAAGAACACAGACAACUCAGAAGAGAGUAGAGCCGAAGAUAAUUUUAACUUGGAAAAGGAGAAAGAAGAUGUGCCUGUGGAAAUGUCCAAUGGUGAACCAGGCUGCCACUACUUUGAGCAACUCCGUUACAAUGACAUGUGGCUGAAGGUUGGCGACUGUGUCUUCAUCAAGUCCCAUGGCCUGGUACGCCCUCGAGUGGGCAGAAUUGAAAAGGUCUGGGUCCGAGAUGGCGCAGCUUAUUUUUACGGCCCGAUCUUCAUUCACCCGGAAGAAACGGAGCAUGAGCCCACAAAAAUGUUUUACAAAAAAGAAGUGUUUCUGAGUAAUCUGGAGGAAACCUGCCCUAUGACGUGUAUUCUAGGAAAGUGUGCUGUAUUAUCGUUCAAGGACUUCCUCUCCUGCAGGCCAACUGAAAUACCAGAAAAUGACAUUCUGCUCUGUGAAAGCCGCUACAAUGAGAGCGACAAGCAGAUGAAGAAAUUUAAGGGACUGAAGAGGUUUUCACUCUCUGCUAAAGUGGUAGAUGAUGAAAUUUACUACUUCAGGAAACCAAUUGUUCCCCAGAAAGAGCCCUCACCUUUGUUGGAAAAGAAGAUCCAGUUGCUCGAAGCUAAAUUUGCCGAGUUAGAAGGUGGAGAUGAUGAUGUAGAAGAGAUGGGAGAAGAAGAUAGUGAGGUCAUUGAACCUCCUUCACUACCUCAACUUCAGACCCCUCUGGCCAGUGAGCUGGACCUCAUGCCCUAUACACCCCCACAGUCUACCCCAAAGUCCGCCAAGGGCAGCGCAAAGAAGGAGGGCUCCAAACGGAAAAUCAACAUGAGUGGCUACAUCCUGUUCAGCAGUGAGAUGAGAGCUGUGAUUAAAGCCCAACACCCAGACUACUCUUUUGGGGAGCUCAGCAGACUCGUGGGGACAGAAUGGAGAAACCUUGAGACAGCCAAGAAGGCAGAAUAUGAAGAGCGGGCAGCUAAAGUUGCUGAGCAGCAGGAGAGAGAGCGAGCCGCACAGCAACAGCAACCGAGUGCUUCUCCCCGAGCAGGCACCCCUGUGGGGGCUCUCAUGGGGGUGGUGCCACCACCAACACCAAUGGGGAUGCUCAAUCAGCAGUUGACACCUGUUGCAGGCAUGAUGGGUGGCUAUCCGCCAGGCAUUCCACCUUUGCAGGGCCCAGUUGAUGGCCUUGUUAGCAUGAGCAGCAUGCAGCCACUUCACCCUGGGGGGCCUCCACCCCACCACCUUCCACCAGGUGUGCCCGGCCUCCCGGGCAUCCCACCACCGGGUGUGAUGCACCAAGGAGUGACCCCUAUGGUAGGGACUCCAGCACCAGGUGGAAGUCCGUAUGGACAACAGGUGGGCGUUUUGGGGCCUCCUGGGCAGCAGGCACCGCCUCCAUAUCCUGGCCCACAUCCAGCCGCCCCACCUGUCAUACAGCAGCCAUCAACACCCAUGUUUGUGGCUCCUCCACCGAAGACUCAGCGGCUUCUACACUCAGAGGCCUAUCUGAAAUACAUUGAAGGGCUCAGCGCCGACUCCAGCAGCAUUAGCAAAUGGGACCAGACCCUGGCAGCUAGAAGACGUGACAUCCACUUGUCCAAAGAACAGGAGAGCCGCCUGCCCUCUCACUGGCUAAAGAGUAAAGGAGCCCACACCACCAUGGCUGAUGCCCUCUGGCGUCUUCGAGAUCGAAUGCUCCGAGACACCCUUAACAUUCGCCAAGCAUACAACCUAGAAAAUGUUUAAUCACGUCAAUUCAUGUGUUUCUUUUAUAGAAGCAUAAAGAGUUUUGUGGAACAGUAGCCAUUUUAGUUAAUUGGGGU